AUGAAUGCUGAUAGACUUUCCGUCUUCAUUGAGGCUACUCGCUUCCCUCCAGCUAUCAACCAGCAUCGCUACUCUGUCUUCAGAGAUGAGACUGACUCCUCGAUCGCAACUGCUUCAUCCUCUUCUGCACCACCGACCAACUACCUGCCCUUCAUUGCCCCCACAGCACCAUUUGACCCUUACAAAGAGAAGUAUGGAGAUCACCCUGCUGGACAAUAUGGAGCUCAGAAGUUCAAAAACAGACAAACGUUGAGUUCCGCACCUUUUGGUUUCGAGAGGCCAGUCACACCUAACUUUGCUGAUGAGAGUUCAUCCGCUUCAUCUAAUGUUCUUGCUGCUGGUGCUGCUCGACAGAUUUCUUGCUCACCUCCCAGAACACCUCUCUUUAGGCCUUUCAAGAUCCCACGUAAGCCGCUGCCUCCUGGUGCAAAGCCGUUUCCACCUGUUUCUUGGACGCCUCCUGGGUCGCCUCUUCGCCAUAACUCGCUUCGAGAUAAUGCUAGCACUAAGAUUAUAAGCCUUGUUCCGCAACACGGCCGUGCAGUGUUGAGCAUCCCUCCGAUUUGCUCUCCUUCCAGCAAGCAGAGGGUUGACAAAAAGUCAUGGCCAAAUCUCCAUAAGCCUCUACCCCCUUCUCCUUCUCCUGCUAGGGCUUCUAAACAUGGUAGGUAA